AUGCCUUCCGGAAAGAUCUCCCUAGGGCAGUACAUGUGGACACGCAUCCACCAAGUCGGCAUCGACACAAUCUUCGGGGUACCCGGGGACUUCAACCUGCAAUUCCUGGACUCAGUCUUCCUAGUCUCGGGCCUAAAAUGGGUCGGCAACCAAAACGAGCUCAACGCCGCCUACGCCGCUGAUGGCUACGCCCGCGUCAAAGACGUCCCCGGCUGCUUCAUCACGACGCAUGGCGUCGGCGAGCUGAGUGCCCUAAACGGCGUCGCGGGCUCCAUGUCCGAACACGUGAAAAUCAUCCAUGUCGUGGGGCAGACGACCCGUGCUAUGCAGAAGAACAACAUGAUGAUCCACCAUUCCAUUGGCCGGACGCCGAACCAUCAAGUCUACAACGAGGCGUCGAGGGGGCUGCGGUUUGCGGCUGCGGAGCUGUGGGAUGUGGAGAGUGCGCCGAAGGAAAUCGAUCGCGUGAUUAGGGAGUGCUUUCUGAAGUCCGGGCCCGUGUACAUCUUCAUGCCGCUGGAUUUGAGCGCUGAGGAGGUCGAUGUCGCGUUGUUGGAUACGCCGAUUGAUGUGUUGCCGCGGGUUGACGGGGCGGCGCAGGACGAGGCUGUGAAGGCGAUUGUGGCGGCGAUUGGGGAGGCGAAACAUCCCUCUGUGCUGGUUGAUGCGUUGGUGCAGCGAUUUGGUGCGGCGGAGGAGGCGGGGCAGCUGGUUCGGAAGCUCAAUGUGCCUUAUUUCUCGACGAGUAUGGGGAAGGGCGUCGUGGAUGAGACGGAGGAGACAUACGUUGGGUUGUGGAACGGCGAGAUCAGCACGCCGGGCGUCAAGGAGGCAGCCAAAGCUGCGGAUUUGAUCAUCACGCUUGGGUAUAUCCCCGCGGAUACCAACACAGCUUCGUUCUCGAGGAAGCUGGCGGAUGAGACGACGAUUCACAUCGAUCCACAUGCCGUUGUGGUAAAAGGAAGAACCUACCCAAACACAAGCAUCAAGCCGCUCCUCGCCGCCCUCCUAUCCGCCCUCCCAUCCACCCCACAGCACAAAAUCCCCAAACCAACACUCCCCCCUCCCCGCCAACCCCUCGACAAAGACGCAACACACAUCACCCAAUCCCACCUCUGGCCCACCCUAUCCACCUUCCUGCACCCCAACGACCUCCUCGUCGGCGAAACCGGCACCUCAAACUUCGGCAUCUGCGACGUCGCCUUCCCCGCCAACAUGCGCUACAUCUCCCAGAUCUACUACGGCAGCAUCGGAUGGGCCUUCGCAGCCACUCUCGGGGUGGAAGUCGCGCGCCAAGAGACGCAGAGCGCGCGCGGUAAGGGCAGGACGAUUCUGUGCACGGGGGACGGCAGCAUGGCGCUUACUAUCCAGGAGAUCGGCACCAUGAUCAAGGCGGGGAGUAGGGCGAUUUUGUUCGUGAUAAAUAACGAGGGGUAUACGGUUGAGCGGUUGAUUUGGGGGGCGAGGCAGCCAUACAACGACAUCGUCCCAACGUCCUACCAGCACCUGCUGCCGCUGUACCAGCACCCCUCGGCUGACGCCUCGUUCCACCGCGCGACCACAAAAGCUGAACUCGCCGCUGUGCUGGCUAAGCCCGCGCUUCAAGACCCGCAGUGUCUGCAGCUUGUGGAGUUGGUGGUGCCGAAGCUGGAUACGAGUUGGCGGCUGGGCAGCGUGCUGGCGUGGCGUAGUGAUGAGGCGAAGCAGUAUCUUACUGAUGAGGGGUUUGUGGAUACGUAUGGGAAUUGGGGGCUUGAGGGGGCGAGUGGUGGGGAUGUGAAGUGGAGUUAG